GAAAAAUUUGAUGGUUGUAUACUCACUCCAUGCACUGUUGAUAGUUGUCAUUUAAAUAUAACCUCACUGGGCACAAGAUGUUGAGGCUUUUCAGUAAAUUUGUCCCGACUGUGCCUUCCAUAAGGCCGGCAACAUACGCGCAGCGCUUCCUUUCACAAGAAGCAACACCAGCCACUAAAGCUGAAAAUGCCCCUCAACAGACGAACCGGGAAGACCUGGAUAAACUCUACAGCCGCCUGGAAAUCGAACUCCGGGGAUACGACCCAGCCGUUCUGAAAAGUUACUCGUGGUUUGCGACAACAGCAGCAGGACAUCUAGGCAUCGAGGUUGGAAGAUGCUUCGCGCCACGGAAAGCUCAACAUGAUCGGCUCACCCUCCUGAAAUCUGUUCACAUUUACAAGAAGCACCGGGUUCAGUACGAAAUCAGGACAUAUUUCCGGUUUAUGCACUUCCACAAGUUGACGGGCUCGACUUUGGAUACUUUCCUAGAAUACAUUGAAAGGAAUUUACCGGAGGGUGUUGCGUUGAAAGCGACAAAAGUAGAGCUUCAGGAUCUACCGGAACAUCUGAAAAGUCCGCCGGCUAGUGUGUAAGAGUUUUUAUGUUAGAUUUAUGUAUUAAAUGUUGCCUCUUAGUUGAAA